AUGAUUAAGAAUUUUUAAAUUUUGAAAAAAUGUAAAGUUUGGUAGAUGAAAAAACUCGCUUUAUAUAUAUAAAUAGCGAAAUAUGUCCAUAAAUAUAUAGAAGAAAAACAAUAGAGAAAUUGCUAGAAUUUAGCAAAAAAAAUAAGCUUUUUAUAAUUUCUUUGGAACUUUUUCCUUAAAGGGUUUCUCCUUUAAUUGAGAAUAACACUGAAAUUCCUAUAAUUAUAAUUUCAGGUAUUGAAAAAUUAUUUUAAGUAGAAGGAUGGGGUUUAGGAUGGAUAAUUUUCUUUGAUUAAAAUAAGAAAUUAUAAAAAAUAAAAUAAGGUUGUAAUACUAUUUGUUAACUUUUUUUACAUCCUUGCUCUUUUGUGA